GCGUCUCAGAGAACAGCCAGAUCUUCCCUGGGACGCUACCACAAGGGGCCGUGGUGGAAGAGGUCCAAGUGGUUGGAAACAGGCUCAGCUUCACGGAUUUCUCCAUGCGCGGACCUCCGAGCGGCUGGGUGAAUCUGCGGGAGAACGGCCGGGACAUGCUGGUCAUCGACACCGAAGGCCUCUCCACGUUGAACAUCGCCGAAGCGUUGAGAGAAAGUGCUGGGAUGAAUUUCGUUCCUCCCGCCAAUGUGGAGCCGCCCUUGUCUGGCUGGGCCAAGCUUUCUGAGAUGCGCCUAGUCUGUGCUCCCCCAAAAAUCGCUGGAUUUUGA